AUUGAGCUUUGGAAGGUCGAGUCGUGUCCAUUAACCGCCAGAAACACUAUCUUACGAAGCUCUCUUUGUACACUGUGCCUCCGGAGCUCACCUCGGCUCCCCCAUUGUCGCAAUGGUGCGAUGGAAUCAGAUCCUCAACACGGAUGGCCACGACAGGCGGCAUAGACUACAGGAUGAGAUGCGUAAUUUGCUUCCAACUGCGAACCGUCACGAACGCCAGCCACCCUCACCCAUAGACCCUAAAGAGGUGACCAAGAUCGCGUUGCGCCUUAAACACCAAAUCGAGCAGGUCAUUCCCUGCGAAUUAGAGGAAGAAGCUGUGUCCAAACCCCAUAGUUCUAUCAUCACGAAUGCUGUGGUUGAAACCGCGAGACAAGCGGGAGGAGAGCACAACGGCAGCUGUGUUGUAUAUUGUCUGUUGGUGGUGAAGAAGUGGUUCAAGCAACAGGCUCUCGUCGAGCUCUGGGAUGCUGAUUUGCACGAUGUCCGAGCCGUGGCAGCGGAGAUAAUGGCGAAGCGCAUAAUAGAAAGCGAAGACAACCUGGACUAUCUACUUGGUGAGGUGCUCUUGAAGCGGUACUCCAUUCUCAUUAACGACGAACCGACCGUUCCGGCGAACGCGAUUGAGAGAGCUGUAGAUCUUCAUGCCUUGACCGUCAUAGGAUCAUCUGGCUAUCAGAAAUGUAUCAGCUACUUGUGGCGAGGUUGGCUGGUCCAGGACGACGAGGAUCCGAGCCGGUUCGUUGACUAUGAGAACAAGACGAAUACCGAUUUCUGGUCGCAUCUCGAUCCUGACCGUAUGCGUGUCCCGCAGUAUCAGAACACUGUUCAGGUUGCCAUGACCUUGAUCUACCUCGCACUCUACACGGGCGCGAUAAACACCAUCAAUCCCUCUGGUGAUCUGGAUAUAGUUGAGGGCUUACUCUAUGUCUUUACACUGGGUUUCGUCUGUGACGAAAUAUCCAAAUUCUGGAAGGUAGGCCGGUAUUACAUCGGAUUCUGGAAUGUCUUCAACUGUACUCUUUAUGCCCUGCUCUUGGUCAGCUUCGUCCUCAGAAUGGUCGCAUUGGGUCACUCUCUUGAUACGCCAGAACGUGGUCAUUUCAACGAACUCAGCUAUAACUUUCUCGCAUUCACGGCACCGAUGUUUUGGAUGCGCCUGCUACUCUAUCUCGACACUUUCCGGUUCUUCGGCGCCAUGCUGGUUGUGCUUAAAGUAAUGAUGAGAGAAUCUCUGAUCUUCUUCGCACUAUUGCUAGUGGUCUUGGUCGGAUUCUUGCAAGCUUUCGUUGGGAUGGAUCUUACAGAUUCAAAGCUUCAGGAUGUUGGUUUCGUCGUUGAAGCCAUGCUGAAAGCGAUCAUGCAGUCUCCUGAAUUCGAUGGGUUUGAUAAAUUUGCUCCUCCCUUUGGGCUUGUUCUUUACUACAUCUUUACCUUCGUCGUGAUGGUUAUCCUGCUCAAUAUUCUCAUUGCGCUUUACAAUAGCGCCUAUGAAGACAUUACAGGAAAUGCCAUUGACGAAUACCUGGCCUUCUUCUCACAAAAGACGAUGCAGUUUGUCCGUGCACCGGACGAGAAUGUGUUCAUUGCACCUUUCAACUUGAUCGAGAUGUUCCUCCUUAUCCUUCCAUUCGAAUGGUGGUUGCCGAAGCCCAAAUACGAACGCCUCAACGACAUUGUGAUGGGCGUCAUUUAUUCACCUCUCCUCGUCUUCACCGCUCUACUCGAGACUCGUGAUGCCCAUCGCGUUUCAUACAACCGUCGACGCGGGGAAGAGGAUGAUGAUCGUGUGCAUGAAUGGGAACACAUACUCCAUGAAUGCGACUUCGAGGCCGAUGGUUGGGACAAAAAGGUGCAGGCCACCAAACCGAACGUUGAGGUCGACACUGCUGUGCUUGAGAUCAGGAAGCUCAAGGAGGAGGUUGGAGAGCUCAAAGAACUGCUGCUUGAGAUGAAAGACAAGGUGGGAGGAGGAUGGGGCAGCGAGACUUUGGCCAGGAGUGGUUUCGGUGACGGCGAGGCACACGAAAAGAAGGGUGAGAGUAGUGAUAACAAUUCUAGGGAGCAGGAGUAAGUUUAUUCCUCGCUCCCGAACUUGUGCUUGACAGUGCGAUUGAUUUUCUUGCAGUCAGAACGAAGAGGGCGGCAGUGGCGGCGAUGGAGGCGUGUGGCAUUCUGAUUGAGAAGCGCAACAGUUCGCAAGAAUAUAUACAUUUCUAAGACGUUCAUUUCCCCAGAGCAACUCUGCAUCAGAUUACC